AUGGUGGCUCAAUACAUACUGGCCGGCAUUGCAGCUGCGGGACUGGCGUUUUGGUACGACUUCAAAAGCUGGCAAAGACUCGGAACGGGCGGCACACCUCCAACAUUAGAAGGCUACAUUAAGAUCCGGCGAUGGGGACUCUAUUUGCUUUAUACGCGUCAGAACCUCUUGGAUGCAACACCAAUUCCCGACUCGGGUACUUCCUACAUCAAACCUCAGAAGGUUCCUGAUCGCGUCGGACGUAGACCUGGACUUACGCGUUGGACAUUACCACAACGCCAAUUACCCGAAAGGAUAACGCCUGGCGCCUCCACCACCCUUCACAAUCUGAUGCAUGAGUUCGCGAACACAGCGGCAUACUCAAAGUACAUCGAGACACGCCCUAGCAAAACGGAGGGGGGUACUGGCCCUGCCAUAUACGUAAAACCAGACAUCAAGACCAUCAACCCUGUCGCGCACAAGAUCUUCUAUGAAGUUGCGCAUGUGCACCCGGCGGAGAACUCACUUCAUGUAUAUGUGAGCCCGCAAGACGCGAAGCUGGUGAUGAAGAGGGGUUGGGGACAACGCUUCCCGGUGACUUGGUUGGCACCGCCAAGCUGGAUCAUGGUGUAUGCGCCGAGGAAUGAAGAGGAAGUUGAGAUUGUCAGGGAGAUUGUCCGCGCUGCAGUAUGCCACGCCGUCGGAAUCAAUGUGGGAGCUGGAACAUGA